AGAGAGAGAGAGAGAGGGGGAGAUACAGACACACACCCGUCAGUGUGGCUGUGUGAUUUUGGCUGACUGGCGGGGGAUCCUGGAGGACUCGAUCUCUCCUUUACGCACCAUUCUCGCCGUCUCGUCUGUCAGCUUCGUCUAGCCUGCGCCGCCUGCAUCCAGCUGAGCACCGGGGCUGUCCGUGAUUGGCGGAACCGGGGCUGAUUCCAGCCAACCUGGGCCGGGUCGCGGGGCUGCUCCUCAGCGAGCCUCAUAGCUGAAGUUGGCACCCGACAUGAGCGCCUCGAGGGCCGGGAGCGGGGCUCUCUCUGCGGCGGGGAGGAGGUGCCUGUGGUGGUGGCUGGCGGCGGUCGGCGCGGCGGUGGUCACGGGAGAGCCGUGGAUGUCCACGGGGGCGUGCAAGUCGUCUUGCUCCUGCAGCAGCACCAGGAUCUCCUGCGCGGACCCGAAGCAGGGCAUCAACGCCUUCCCCGUCCUGCAGAGCGAGGCGGAGAUGGAGAACAUCACCGACAUUUACAUCGCCAACCAGGGCAGCUUCUCCUCCAUCAACGACAAAGACCUGCAAAACUACAAGAAUCUCAGGAACCUAACGGUGACCAACAGCAGGCUUACGUAUGUAUCGAAGCUGGCUUUUCAAAACAACAUCAAGAUACAGUACUUGAAUCUGAAAGAUAACAACCUGUCCUCACUUUCCUGGAGAAUAUUCAGACACCUCAACAUGUCUUACCUGAUCCUGUCAGGGAACCCUCUACACUGCUCCUGUGAGAACAUGUGGAUCAAGCUGUGGUUAGGGGAGGAAGCAGAUAAUCAGGAGCUGCACUGCAUUGAGGAUGGAGGAGAACGCAAGCUGCUGUCCACACUGACACUGCCUAACUGUGAGGUACCCAUGGCAACGCUGAGCCCAGUCAAAGUGAAAGUAAUGGAAGGGGAAAACGUUCAGCUGUCCUGCACGACCUCCGGUGUGCCCUCAGCUGAGCUGAUAUGGAACAUGACAUUGGUCACCAACUAUGUGAUCGAGACAUCAGGCCAGAUUUCAUUGCUGCGACUGUCCAACCUGUCAUCGAUGGACCACAACAGCAAAAUUAGCUGCAUAGCUGAGAACAUUGUUGGAGAGAAGGAAUCCGCUCUGCUGCUGGAUAUACUUUUUCCUCCCAAAAUCACUAAACUGGGUGAUGCAAUCCCAGACCAUCACUGGUGCAUUCCCUUCAGCAUAGCAGGAAAUCCAGAGCCGCAGUUGCAAUGGUUUCUUGAUGAUAAGGCGGUGACGGAGGACUUCUACAUCAUGACCAUGAUCCAUGACAUCACAGAGAGGGAGUACCACGGCUGCCUGCAGCUGGACAGCCCCACACACCUCUUCAAUGGGAGGUACAGGCUGGUGGCUCAAAAUAUAUACGGGUCAGACCAAAAGGAGGUGGAGGCUCACUUCAUGACCAGGCCCUGGGAUGGAACGGAGACGGAGCCUUACUAUUAUGAAGUGACCACAGAAGAACCCCCUGUAGAUCCACCCGAGGACAGAGUCGCUGUGUACGUGGUGGUGGGGAUCGCCGCUGUGGCCUUCACUGGUUUCCUCCUUAUGUUGGUUAUUCUCAAGUUUGGAGCAAACUCCAAGUUUGGCAUCAAAGGACCGUCUUCAGUGAUCAGCAACGACGAUGACUCGGCCUCUCCUCUUCACCACGUCUCCAAUGGCAGCAACACUCCUUCAUCCUCUGAGAUGGGCCCUGAUGCAGUGAUCAUCGGCAUGACCAAGAUCCCAGUGAUAGAAAACCCUCAGUACUUCAGGAGCACAAACAGCCUCCUCAAAACGGACACAUUCGUCCAACAUAUUAAGAGACACAACAUUGUGCUGAAGAGAGAGCUGGGAGAAGGAGCCUUCGGAAAAGUCUUUUUGGCCGAGUGUUACAACCUCUCGCCUGACCAGGAGAAGAUACUGGUGGCUGUCAAGACACUUAAAGAGGCCAGUGAAAAUGCCAGGAAGGAUUUCCACCGUGAGGCCGAGCUGCUGACCAACCUUCAACAUGAACACAUUGUCACGUUUUAUGGAGUCUGCGUGGAGAGCGACCCUCUCAUCAUGGUGUUUGAGUACAUGAAACAUGGAGACCUCAACAAAUUCCUUAGGGCUCACGGCCCGGAUGCAGUUCUGAUGGCAGAGGGCCAGACCACCAGACCCGUGGAGCUGACCCAGUCUCAGAUGCUGCACAUCGCCCAGCAGAUAGCAUCUGGCAUGGUCUACCUGGCAUCACAGCACUUUGUGCAUCGCGACCUGGCCACCAGGAACUGCCUGGUGGGGGAGAACCUGCUGGUAAAGAUUGGAGACUUUGGCAUGUCCAGAGACGUCUACAGCACUGACUACUACAGGGUAGGUGUCGGAGGUCACACCAUGCUGCCAAUCCGUUGGAUGCCCCCUGAAAGUAUCAUGUACAGAAAGUUCACCACGGAAAGUGAUGUUUGGAGUCUGGGAGUUGUGCUCUGGGAGAUCUUCACCUACGGAAAACAGCCUUGGUACCAGCUCUCCAACAACGAGGUGAUCGAGUGUAUAACCCAGGGCAGGGUGCUGCAGCGCCCCAGGACCUGUCUUAAAGAAGUGUACGACCUGAUGCUGGGCUGCUGGCAGAGGGAGCCACACAUGAGACUGAACAUCAAAGAGAUCCACAGUCUGCUCCUCAAUCUGGCCAAGGCCUCACCUGUAUACCUGGAUAUACUGGGCUGAACGCAGGCGAAGCACGGAGGAGAGUUUUGGAUGUGGUGUGAGAUCUGAGUGCUUAGGUGCGGAUGGUUACUGUAUUUAAGUGUGCAUGUGUAUUGGAGGUUGUACGUGUGCGUGUGUGUGUGUGUGUGUGUGUGUGUGUGUGUGUGUGUGGGCGUGCACACGUGCUGGGGUUGACAUGGCGAGGCCACUGAAUAAAGUGUGUGUGUGCGAGCAAGUUACCAGUGUACAGGAUGUGAAGCUAUUAUCUGACUCUUUAAGGCAAUCAAAAAGUUCUUCAAGUCAGCCCCAAUCGCCUCUUUUCUCCCUACCAAUUUCCUCCCCUUUGUGCAUCUGUACUCCUUCCCUCUUUCCUUCCCGGACAGACAUUAACACAGAGUAAUUUAAGUUUGGAGGGGAAAAGCUUCUCACUUCUUUUUGAAGGCUUUAAAUCGACCGGGGCUAAAUUGAUGAAACCUGAUGAACAGGACUUUAAAUUUACUGACUCAUCCGUCGCUGCCUGUCGGACAAUGGGACUCGUACGAACAUUCGGCGAUUUUUAAGGAGGCUCAGCGCGGGGAGCGGUUUCCAGAAGCUUCGGUCCUUUGCCUGUAAAUGGCACCGUGAGAUGUCGGGCCAUGAAGACACUGUUUUCUCCCCUCACCCUGUCUCUCUACAGUAUUUGUCCUUUCUUUCUGUCUGUCUCUCAGAACUGUACAUGAAUAUUAAUGUCAGCAUUCAUCCAACAUGGCUUGUGGACAGGACUACGUGAUUAACAGUCCAAUUAACACACUGGUUAAAAUACACUAAAUCGACUUUAGCAGAGUAAUGACCAAAAAAGGAGGAAAGGGCACCACACACGUGGUUUUCUGCCUGUAAAAUAGAUCAGGGGGUGAUAUGGGAGGAUUUCUGGUUGGCCGAUUUUGCUGAUUACAAAAAAAGACUUACAAUACAGUGCCAACUGAGGCUUAACUGAGCUGCUGUGGUGAAGAAAAAAAAUGAUUCAGAAAGAAGACUGAGGCUUUCUACUACACUGUACCUGAAUGACGAAUGCAAAAAAAAUGCUAAAAAUGCAAAAAUGCAAAAAAAAGAAGAAAAAAAAAAAAGCCUGAUCUAUGUGGCAUUGAUCUACAAUAUGUCCUCAUGCAACAGAUUUAUAUCAAUGGUUUUAUAGAUAUAUGCACUCACAUAUGCAUACUGCAUUGUUUUUUUUUCUGUUACGUGUUACUUUGCAAAGGCCUGGCCUGCACUGUCAUACAGCACAGGGUAACAUGAUGAUCGACCACCCAGCCCCCAGCGGAGUGACAGAUGCUGCACUUGUGAAGUCAAGCGCUCGUGUCGGAGGUCAAUUGAUUCAUUUGUCCACAGCUGUCCGAUGAUUGCGAGGUCUUGGUGUUGAUGGAGGACGGGGGUGGGGGGGUCGUAGUGGUGGUGGUGGGCAUUAAAGUUGCUUAGGGAGGCCGGGUUUUGAGUGGUCAGAUCACGGUCAGAUGUGUGGGCGGCGGCGCUGUAGAAGGUGUGGUUCGUUUGGUCAACCCAUAUUAAAUCAUCAAGGCUCUCAGCACUCAGACAUCCUUGAAAACCACAUCUGUGCUAGAGGGGAAGCACACACAAAAAAAAAAACGCUUACACACACACACAUACACUGUAUACCAUAUCCCGUCAUCCGUCCAUCUCCACACUCACACACACACACACACACACACACACUGAAAGACACUCAAAGCGGGCCGAGAAGGAAAUUGAAUUGUGCAUGUUUUAUUAUUUGAGCGGUGCAGUGCUUUAGCCAGGCCCCCGUCCUCUGUAAUGGUGUAAUGUAUAUUUCAUUACAGCCUAAUGGGCCCCAUUAGCACAGUCUCCUCACAGACAUUCAAGACUUAUUGUUUUAUGGCUGAGGAGGAGAGAUGGAGGGAAGAGGGGAGGUGAAGGAGAAGGAGAAGAAAACAGAAAAGAGGGUGGAGGAGCAGUAGAGAGGAGAGGUAAUAAUGCGUAUUGGGAAGAAAUGGAGAGGAAGGGAGCGCGCUGAGAACAGAAGCAAUGGGGUUGAAAAGAGAAGGUGAUGGGAUGAGAGUAAAGGUAGGGAGCAGAUGAAGGAGAGAGAGAAGAUAGUGGAGUGAAAAGGGCGGAGAGGGAAACAGAGGAGGUGCGAACGUCCUCAGGGAGAAGGUGAGAGUGAACAUCCAUCAUUACUGUGGCCUGCAGAUGUUCUAUGAGCCACAACUUCAACUCCACGCUAUCACAUUCCUAUGGCUGACCUCACACACACACACACACACACACACACACACACACAGCGAAACACAUUUAACUGGCAGUCUACCAAGAGCUUACACCGAGAAUUAACUCGAUGACGCACCACACGUCCCCAUGAUGGGGAGACACUUCGCUCACGUACGGCACGGCUCACACACCUGGUCAGACUCACACGCAGACGCACUGUAUAUACGACAGCUCACAUGCAUGCAACACACUUAAUGUUUGAUUUUUGCAUUUUACUGGGACAUAUUUUACUCUAAUGUCAUAAUCAAUGCAGUUUCACCAACAGCCAUUUUAACGAAAUGUAAAACAUCAAUCUGGAAUUAUAAGUCUUAUUUUUAAACAACAGCACUUGGUGGUUUUGAUGUUUGUGAACUUGAAAAUGUUGAUUUUGUUGAUUUAUAGUGAUUUAUUUAUGUUUAUUGUUCAUAAAUUUACAAGCAUUUUGUAUAUUUCUUUCUAUAUCUACAGUUGCCUUUUUUGAAACAGCAAAUAUUGAAAUUGAACACUGGUUUAAUCAAUUAUGUUUUCGCAAAUGUGAAAGAUAAUUUUGAAGUGUAUAUGUAUUUUUUAUGUCAGACUCCCUCUAACAGCUACCUACAGUAGCCCGUCCUCAUAUACAAGUGGACUCUACAACAGGGAUGGAGGUUUCACCAGUCUGUCACAUUCGUAGAUUUAGUUUGACAGAUUGCAGAGUUAUCGUCACUUGUCAAAGCACCGAAUGCGCGAGUUAAUGGCUGCAGCACUGACAUUUCAGGCUGAUCCAUCUCUGCUGUACAGUCAAGUAGAGUUUGCACUGAGUGAACACACUCCUCUAGAACUUGCCACACAAUAUCUCUGUGCAAUACCAGAGGGCAGGGCGUGUGAGGGCCUGUGUGUGCGCUGGGAAAAACUGUGAAAAAAACAAAACACAGUACGAACGCCUCCGAUGUACCUGCUGUGUUUUCUUUCUUCUUCUUUCUUUUUUUCUAGAUAAUGAACUGUGUCAUGUUGGAUGGUUGGUGACGUUUUUACAGUUAGGUCUAUAGGAGGGGGCUGGAAGAGGGACGUUCGUUAGGAUGAAGACUUGUCAGCACAACGUUGGAGCGUUCUGUGAACUGUUAACACAGCUCUGGCCGAGGGUCGGCUGUCUUUGCAUCAAUGCGUAUGGGUCAAACAAAGAAAAAAGAAUAGAGUAAAAAACAACAACUGCUGUAUGAACGGACACCUCAGAAAAGGAGGGACCGACAAUCACUGACUUCUCUCUUUCUCUCUCUUAUUCAAGUGACCUACUGUAAAAUAGACUAUUCAGCCAACUCUCCUCUUCUAUGCUGCCUAUACUGUACGUGAUAGUCUUAAACUGGUCUCUAGAAGUGCUACUUUCUUUCUUUUUUGUAAAAUGAAAUAACAAAAUACAUGUACAAAUGUGAAUAAGCUGCUGGAAGAAAUAAGCGUCGCUAUAACUGCUGUCAGUAUCUAGGUUGUACUAUUUUCUCUGUCUGUUUUGGAAGUGGAGGGCAAAGAAUUGGGAAGCUACAUGGGAAAUACACAAACAUCAGCCCCGGGAGGCAGAGCGAUGUUUGCUCAGUCUCCCGGUGGUGUGUGUGUGUUUCUUGUAUUUGUGUGCGUGUUUUUGUGUGCGUGUGUGUGUGUGUGUGUGUGUGUGUGUGUGUGUUCGUGCCUGCGUGUAGGCUAGGUUCACACUUUAGCCAAAUCCUAGUUCAAAUACAAUGAGUUUCAAGGUACGAAUCAGGAAUCAAUUUCUCAUCGUUGUUCACCAAUACUAUAUAAAUGACUCUACCUAUUCAUGUGGGACUGAGGUUGGUUUUAUGGCAGCUAACAUUUAAGGGAUCACUCAAUUGCUUUAUUCAUGACUUAAAAUCAGCCUUCUCUUAAAACACAAUUCAUGAAAGGUUUCACCUGAGUAUAUCAGCAAUAUUUUCCUCUUCUUAUCGCCUGACUUUAACAUCAAUAUUGAGCUGAGUUUGGGCUAAACCAUGUGACUCAGUGACCAAAAGCAUAUUUCAUAUAGUACAGAUAUGCAUCAUGACUUAAGGAUUCUCUUUCUCCAUGUCACAUUUACUUUCCCCUCUCUUACAACAUCACAGUCUCAGCUAAAUGAACUGAACAAUCAUAAAGGUUAUUUGUAAGAUUUAUUUUGUCCAUGGAGGAUGCGUAAGCCCCUAUGCCAAAAAUAAUAUAAUGCCCCCAAAACUGCUUCUCUAGAAAAAAGAAAGAUAAAACAGAUUGUCUGUUUCUCAGGACCAUUCUUUUAAAAUAAUUUGGUUCUGUGCUGUUUGUCUCUGUGUUUAGAGGGUUUCCCUGCUGUCAUGUCGGCAGAAAAAAAGUUUGGAUUUUGGACGUUUUGUGGAUGUUGGAUUGUAAGAAGCUUAAAAUAAGACAGAGAACAAACCACUGUACGGUGUCCGUAUGAAAGAGAUGUUCAAAAUGUUAUUUCUAUGCCUAAAAAUGCUCUUCAAAAUGUUAGAAACAGCUGUAUUGCAAAGCACACAAGAGAUUAAAAGCUGUACAGUAAAUAUUCUGGCGAAUGCAGCUUUUGUUUGUCUUUGCAAGCAGGUUGUUAAUUGGUAAACCAAAAGUUUUGACGCCACCCAUUCGUGCUUUACUGGCGAGAACACACACAGACACACAGAAACACACACAGAAACACACACCAGAAGGACCUUGUACAGUCAGUUGCACGGUGGAAGUGACCAUAGUGAGUCAUAGUAAGUGGUAAUGAUGGUGAUGAUAUGAUUUCUCUCUGAACGUGGACCAGUCUGUCGUGAUACAAUGUAAUUAAUAAAAAGUGUUAUGUCACAUCA